AUGGCCGAAUUACAGUCGCUUAGCUCAUUUGAGCAGCUUAAAGCAUACCCUUUCACAUCCGAUCCAGAGUUCGCAAAUGGCCUGGCGAUCAUCCUUGGCCACCCCAGCACGCCAGCCUCGGAGGCGGAGAUGAGCCGAGACGAUGACCUUGUUUUAAAAGCGAAAUCUUUCUUCUUCUCGCGCAAGCAAAAUAUCACUCCUCCCAUCGAUUUCACGGCCUACAAAGCUUGGUUAACCGGGGGAUCAUCGGAGUCCAAUCCCGCGGCAGCUGUGUCCGAACAAUUGAAUGAAUCCUCUACAGGGACCACUGUCGCGCCCACUCAAUCAUCUACCCUACCAGAGCCUACCUAUCCAACCUCAUUUGCACACAUUGUGGAACUCAUCACAACCGGUAAACCAGUUCCCGGCAUACAGGAGAUCCCAGACACCGUCCUGGAGGGCCAUGACAUCUCAAGUGAGAGGCCACGCCGACGGAAGCCCUGGGAGAAGGAUGUCGGAGAACCGGUAUCUACACAGGCUGAAAUGACCAGCAAUGCUGCUUAG